GGAAAGGAAACGCAGAGGCAGAGAAAGUGGAAAGAGAAGAGUCCUCCAUAGACCAGUCACUGGGCUGGCAGCAAAGAGGUAGAGAGCUACAGCAAGAUUAUCCGCCAUUGUUCCUUCCCUUCUCCCCAAAACGACAACCAUUCUCUGCCAACACCGAACCCUUCUCCCCUCUCUCUCCAUUCGGCCAUCUCUUAAAAUAAUUUCUCCCCACAAUUUCUUCCUCCUCUUGGGAAAGCUCGACCAUGGCGGAGUUAGGCGGAGGAGGAGGUGGGCGACAGCAAGUCUGGGUUUCUCCCAAUUCGUCGGUGGUGGUGGAGGCUUGGAGAGGGAUAGUCAAUUGGCUUGGUUUCCUCUUGCAACUAUGCAUUCAAAUCCUCAGAGGAACCCCAUCAGUUGCCCAAAUGUUGCUCUCUUAUGUUGGGUUCGGUCAAUCGCUGCUCCCAGCUGCCUCUCCUUCUCGCAACGCUUCUUCUUCUUCUACUCCUCUUCCUCAUCGCUCUUUCAAGCGAUUGCCCGUCGUCGAAGUUCCCUUGCAGGAGACCGAUAUGUCUCCGCCGGCUGCCGGCCGAAUUUCCGCCCGGGCCGGCCUCGGCGACGGCGACGGUGCUACCAUUGGCGAUCACCAAUUAGAGAAGCUUACAGUGGUUCUUGACUUGGACGAAACGCUGGUUUCUGCAUACGAAAAGUCUAACCUGCCACCAAAUCUUCGAACUCGAGCUAUAGAAGCUGGACUGAAGUGGUUUGAAAUCGAAUGUAUCUCGGAUAAGAAGGAAAUUGAAGGUAGGAAGAAGAUCAACUACGUUACAGUGUUUGAGCGCCCCGGUUUGCAAGAGUUCUUGACACGAGUUGGCGAAUUCGCCCAUCUGGUUUUGUUCACGGCUGGUCUGGAAGGCUAUGCAAGGCCUCUUGUUGACAAGAUAGACAUUGAGAAUCGUUUCUGCCUAAGACUUUACAGACCUUCAACUGUCAGCACGGAGCACAAAGAACACGUAAAGGAUCUGUUAUGUGUAUCGAAGAACCUGCGUCGAGUUGUGAUUGUGGACAACAAUCCGUUUAGUUUCCUGCUCCAGCCAUUGAAUGGGAUCCCGUGCGUUCCUUUCUCUGCAGGACAGCCUUACGAUCAUCAGCUUCUGGAAGUGGUGCUCCCCAUGCUGAGGCAACUGUCGUAUCAGAAGGACGUUAGACCAUCGCUUUACCAGAGGUUUCACAUGCCAGAGUGGUUCCAAAUGCAUGGGAUUCCUACUGCGUUGACGUGAGAUCGCCAGACAAGCUACUUUUUGUUCGGAGUCCAUGAUUCUUUUACCAGCGGGAUUAGGGUUGGC